AUGACCACGACCACCACAACAGCACCAGCGCCGGCAGCGCCAAUACGACGCGAGCACGGCGACGAAAUCACGCUCGUGCCGACGCGCGCGUCCGCGUCUGGCGUGAGCGCCGCGCCGUCCAACAGCAACUUUUCGAGCUUCCGGGACCGCAUGAGCCGCGCGCUGAGCCCCGGACGGGCACCCGACGAGUCGACACGGCAACGGUCACCCUCGGCUGGGUUCUGGCGUGAGUAG